UAAACCAAGAGAGGUUCCGAUGGAAUAUAAAGAUGGCAAUGUUGAAGCAACAAGGACAGUCCCAGUUUGAAGAACGAUGGCCAUUAAUGCGUCCCACAGCCCUGAAGUUGCUUCGUCAGGAGCCAGUUACCAAAAUAGAAUGGCAGGACCUUUUCUGUGCUGUGCACUCUGUGUGUCUGUGGGACGACAAAGGUCCAAACAAGAUGUAUGGUGCACUACAAGAGGACAUUCUUGACUUCAUUAGACAUGCCCAGUCUAGAGUACUUCAGCACCACGAGGAUUCUGCCCUGCUUAAAGCUUACAUUGCUGAGUGGGGGAAGUUCUUCACCCAGUGUGAUUAUCUCCCAAAGCCCUUUAUGCAGUUAGUCACAUCUCUUGCUGGCAAACCACAUGGCAGUAUGCAGAAAAAGACUCAAGGAGAAGAAAGUCUAGUCAGAAAGUUGAUGCUGGACAGCUGGAACCAGAGCAUUUUCUCCAAUAUAAAACAGAGACUGCAGGACAGUGCCAUGAAGCUACUACAUGCAGAGAGGAACGGGGAAGCUUUCGACUCGCAGCUUGUUAUAGGUGUACGAGAAUCAUAUGUAAACCUUAGUUCAGAUGUAGAAGACAAAUUAAAGAUUUAUCGUGAGAACUUUGAGAAGGCCUAUCUUGACGCCACAGAAAAGUUCUACAAACUGAAGGCACCACAAUAUCUGGAGGCCAAUGGCGUACAGAACUACAUGAGAUAUGCUGAUGCCAAACUGAAGGAGGAGGAGACAAGAGCCCGCCGAUACCUAGAAACAGGAUGGGGGUGUAGUUCAGUCUCCACAUUGACAGAAUGUUGUGUGAAUGUCCUCGUCACAGCUUUUAAGGAAACAAUUCUGAAAGAAUGUGCUUCUAUGAUAAAGAAUAAUGAGACUGAAAGUAUAGAACUGCGCCUGAUGUUCAGCCUGAUGGACCGUGUGCCUGAUGGAAUCACACCCAUGCUACAUGCCCUAGAGGCCUACAUUGUCAGUCAGGGCCUCGCUGACAUGAUGGCAGCUGCAGAAACAAUCACAACUGACUCAGAGAAGUAUGUAGAACAGCUCCUAGAGCUCUUCAACAGAUUCAGUGCUCUUGUGAGGGAGGCCUUCAGUGAUGACCCCAGGUUCCUCACCUCCAGAGACAAGGCAUACAAAAAUGUUGUGAAUGACACGUCCGUAUUCCGUCUAGAAAUCCCAAUGAAAAAUAAAGGUAUUGGUGCCAAGACCCAACCAGAGUCAAAGUGUCCCGAACUCCUAGCAAACUACUGUGAUAUGUUACUUAGAAAAACUCCUCUCAGCAAAAAACUCACCUCAGAAGAAGUAGAGAAAAAGCUCAAAGAUGUGUUACUUGUACUGAAGUAUGUACAGAACAAAGAUGUGUUUAUGAGAUACCACAAGGCUCACCUGACGAGAAGACUCAUUCUAGACACGUCCGCUGAUAAUGAGAAGGAGGAGAACAUGGUUGAGUGGUUAAGGGAGGUAGGUAUGCCAGCUGAUUACGUCAACAAAUUGGCGAGGAUGUUUCAAGACAUCAAGGUCAGUGAUGAUCUCAACCAAGAGUUCAAGGAUGCACACAGGAACAACAAUGAGGGCAUCGCAGACUCUAUAAACAUCAAGAUCCUGAAUGCUGGGGCAUGGGCAAGGACGAGUGACCGAGUGACAGUGUCACUUCCCAUGGAGCUGGAAGACUACAUACCUCAGGUGGAGGAGUUCUAUAGACAAAAACACAGUGGUCGGAAACUCCAGUGGCACCAUCUCAUGUCCAAUGGCAUUAUAACAUUUGCCAAUGAUAUAGGACGGUUUGAUAUAGAGGUCACUACUUUCCAAAUGGCAGUGUUAUUUGUGUGGAACCAAAGACCUAGAGACAAAGUCACAUACGAAAGCUUGCGACUUGCCACAGAACUUCCAGACACUGAGCUCAGGAGAACACUGUGGUCACUUGCUGCCUUCCCAAAGAUCAAGAGACAGCUACUGAUGUGUUGCCCAGAAGCCAAAUCUGCCAAAGACUUCGAUGACAGCACGCAAUUCUGGAUAAACCAAGAUUUCUCACUCAUCAAAAAUGGGAAGGUGCAAAAGAGAGGGAAGAUCAACUUGAUUGGUCGCCUACAACUCUCUACAGAGAAGACAAAAGAGGAAGACAAUGAGGGAAUCAUGCAGCUCCGAAUCCUCCGAGUACAGGAGGCCAUUGUGAAGAUCAUGAAGAUGAGGAAGCACAUUACAAAUGCUGCCUUACAGACAGAACUGGUAGAGAUACUCCGAAACAUGUUCCUACCCUCCAAAAAGCUCAUCAAGGAGCAAAUAGAAUGGUUAAUAGAACACAAGUACAUGCGCCGAGAUGAGGACAAUAUAAACAUGUUUAUCUACAUGGCAUAGAUGCCUGUGUAGCUCUAUCAAACAUUUCGCUCUUUCUACACCAAAGCCAUGACUUGACCAACAGCCCCUGAAUAUUAACCUGUGGUUAAAUGAUGCUGUGAUGUUGAUGUAGCAUGCUAUGUAUGUUAACCAUCAGAACAGGGCUUGUCAGAGUGUGGUUUCUGGCAAAUGAAGGUGGCCAUAUGUGCUUUUAGUCAACAGCUGAGUUUCGUUGCAGGAAUGUUUAGGACAUGACUUUAAUUUAGUGUUAAGCUGACUGUUAAGACCGGCUGACACUGAAGUACAGAACUGCUGGAAUCGUGUCUCAUUAGCUGUGGUACUAGAGAUUAUUGAUAUGUGCUCUACCUUCAGAAGAAGUGAUGGAUAGCAAUCCCAAGCUCCUUCCUUCUUACUUAAAUGAAAACUGUGUACCAUACUGUCAUCCUGACACAGUCAAGUGGAAUACUACUUCAGGAACAAAGAGACAGUAUUUCCCUUUACAACCCAGGGACAUAUCAUUAUUUCUUUUCAACCUUGCCUAGAUACAAAUGGUGGUUCAGCUCCUGUGUCUUAAGGAAAAUGUGGUGUCAUGUACCCUUCAUCAAGGAUAAGAUUGUGCUGCCACCUAUCCUUCAUCAAGGAAAAGAUAGUGGUGCCACCUAGCCUUCAUCAAGGAAAAGAUUGUGGUGCCACCUAGCCUUCAUAAUGAAGAUAUUGUGGUGCCACCAAGCCUUCAUCCAGGAAAAGAUAGUGGUGCCACGUAUCCUUCAUAAGGAAGAUAUUGUGGUGCCACGUAUCCUUCAUAAGGAAGAUAUUGUGGUGCCACCUAGCCUUCAUAAGGAAGAUAUUGUGGUGCCACCUAGUCUUCACCAAGGAAGAUAUUGUGGUGCCACCUAGCCUUCACCAAGGAAGAUAUUGUGGUGCCACCUAGCCUUCACAAAGGAAGAUAUUGUGGUACCACCUAGUCUUCAUUAAGGAAGAUAUUGUGGUGCCACCUAGCCUUCACCAAGGAAGAUAUUGUGGUGCCACCUAGCCUUCACCAAGGAAGAUGUUGUGGUGCCACCUAGCCUUCACAAAGGAAGAUAUUGUGGUGCCACCUAGCCUUCACCAAGGAAGAUAUUGUGGUGCCACCUAGCCUUCACCAAGGAAGAUGUUGUGGUGCCACUUAGCCUUCACCAAGGAAGAUAUUGUGGUGCCAUCUAGCCUUCAUUAAGGAAGAUAUUGUGGUGCCACCUAGCCUUUACCAACUACAUAGUUCUGCUCCAUCACCUAUGAAUAUGAUCCUUUAUAAUCUUGACAUAUUGUUUGUUAUUACCUGUCUGUAAUAUAUCAGACAACAGAAGUAUAUUUCAGUAGAGCAGGUAUAUUUUAUCCUUCAUCUGUAGUGUCUGUGCAAUUAUAACUAACAAAAUUGGUGUGAAAUAAUUAAAUCAACUGCAAUGUUUCAAAACUUUUGUUACACAUAGAUCCCUUAUUUUAGUCUAGAGAAUAAAUUAUAUGUAAACAACUCAAUAUCAUUCAAUAUUUCACUUUGAAUGGUUGUAUGUCUCCAUUUUAACAAGACAAUACACUCAGACAUUGAUUGUGCCCUAGCGCUAGAACUCUUGGUUUUAGCUUCACAUUCUGUAGGAGAGCAUUACUGAAGUUAAGAAAAAUGCCCCAAACACUGAUUUAACUUUCUAUCAAAUGAAAAAACUACAAAAGUAAAGGAGUUGACUAAUGUAAUCAAAAUAAGACUUGUAAGUUUGCUUAUCUUUGUCACACCGAAUACAAGAUCGAACAUCCUUGUAUUGGCUUUGAAACAUUAGCAAUAGUGGGGACAGGUUUUAAGGUAUCACCACUGAAGUAUGUAAGAUUUAAAUGCUGAUAUGAUAAUUAUCAGGUUGAUUAGAAAAACAGUGCACUGACAUUAUUGACCAAGAUCAGAUAGGAGAUUUCUUACUUGUAUAUGUAAAACUGUUAGCUUAGUAGGAAUUCAUCAAUCAGCAUUUGUGAUCAAUCAGUUUCUUUUUUAAUCUAAUUUAUCUCCACCGACUUAGAUAUUAAACCAUCAACAAAAAUACCCAUUUUAUUUGCUCUCCUGUGUUUAACUGUUUAUUUCCCCAUGAAAAAAAUAAUAUUUAGAUAGAAAAGGACAAGUUUAACAUACAUUUGAGGUAACUUAUUAUAUAAAGAUACAAUAUGUGGGCUUUCAGUGGGAAGAAGAAGUUUUCAAUUAAACACACUUAGGAUCCUAAUAAAACUCUUAUAAUGUCUGAAAUAGGCUUAUACUUAUAUACCUUGGUAGGAGUUAGUUAUACACAGACUUAUUGGGUACAUAGUCAUAGUCCUUAGACCAUACUUUAUUAUUUUGGUACUGAAUAUAUUCCUGAAUUGAUAUCUUUUAGGAAAACCAGAUAUGAACCUCAGUUAGAUAUACAAUAUACAAAAUGUAUAUUUGAAAAUGUAAGAUGUGCCAAGAGUAUGAACUUACUAAUGGUGAAAUGUAGCAUAUGUUGAUUUCUCGUUGAUGUUGUAGAUAUCUGUAGUACUAGCCACAUAUGUAUGUACACAACUUUCUGGUAGAGAUGAGCGUGUAUGUGGAUGUAUUUGUUUACGAAGAUCCUUAGUGUGUUUAACUGAAACAGACCUUGAUAUAAUGAUGCAUGUAUGAGUGUAAAUAUUUUUUUAAUAACACGGGAUGUGAAUUUUGCUUAAAAAAUCAUGCAUACUGCCACUGGUUUAAAUUCAAUGUAAUUAUUAAAUUGUACAGUGCUUUCUCCAUUAACAGAUUAACUUCAGACUUGCAUAUUAUGUUAUAAAAGGUAAUAUGUUCCUGUCUCUAUUUAAUCUUUUAUGGUGACAUUUGUUAAUGUUCAUGAUGGCAUAGCUGUCAGUACUUUUCUACCAUGGUUAUAUUUUAUAGAUGGACUUCUAGGAUUGUUAGUAUUAGAGUUCUGUUUAACGUGUGUUUUUACAGGAACAUUGACGUGGUGUAUUAUGCGAGUAGCUGUUUAAUAUGAGUAAUGUGAGAAUGGGAUGUAAUAUUAAGUGUUGUAAUGGAAACCACUAGCAUUACACAGUGGUGAGACACUAUAACUUCAGAUGCUUUCAUAUCUUCCUUACAAGGCCCUCCCUGCUAAUGCAAAUUAUCUCCCUUACAUAGUCCUCCGAGCUUACAAAUUAUCUCCCAUGCAUAGUCCUCCAAGCUUACAAACUAUCUCCCUUACAUAGUCCUCCAUUCCCUUACAUAGUCCUCCCAGCUUACAAAUUAUCUCCCUUACAUAGUCCUCCCAUCUUACAAAUUAUCUCCCUUACAUAGUCCUCCCAUCUUACAAAUUAUCACCCUUACAUAGUCCUCCCAUCUUACAAAUCAUCUCCCUUGCAUAGUCCUCCCAGCUUACAAAUUAUCUCCCUUACAUAGUCCUCCAAGCUUACAAAUUAUCACCCUUACAUAGUCCUCCCAUCUUACAAAUUAUCACCCUUACAUAGUCCUCCCAGCUUACAAAUUAUCUCCCUUAAUAAUGUCCUCCCAGCUAACAAAUCAUCUCCCUUACAUAGUCCUCCAAGCUUACAAAUUAUCACCCUUACAUAGUCCUCCCAGCUUACAAAUUAUCACCCAUACAUAGUCCUCCCAGCUUGCAAAUUAUCUCCCUUGCAUAGUCCUCCCAGCUUACAAAUUAUCUCCCUUACAUAGUCCUCCAAGCUUACAAAUUAUCUCCCUAACGUAGUCCUCCCAGCUUACAAAUUAUCUCCCUUACAUAGUCCUCCAAGCUUACAAAUUAUCUCCCUUACAUAGUCCUCCCAGCUUACAAAUUAUCUCCCUUACAUAGUCCUCCCAUCUUACAAAUUGUCUCCCUUACAUAGUCCUCCAAGCUUACAAAUUAUCUCCCUUGUAUAGUCCUCCCAGCUUACAAAUCAUCUCCCUUACAUAGUCCUCCCAGCUUACAAAUUGUCUCCCUUACAAUGUCCUCCCGGCUAACAAGUUAUCUCCCUUACAUAGUCAUCCCAGCUUACAAAUCAUCUCCCUUGUAUAGUCCUCCCAGCUUACAAAUCAUCUCCCUUACAUAGUCCUCCCAGCUUACAAAUUAUCACCCUUACAUAGUCCUCCCAUCUUACAAAUCAUCUCCCUUACAUAGUCCUCCCAGCUUACAAAUUAUCACCCUUACAUAGUCCUCCCAGCUUACAAAUUAUUUCCCUUACAUAGUCCUCCAAGCUUACAAAUUAUCUCCCUUACAUAGUCCUCCCAGCUUACAAAUUAUCUCCCUUACAAUAUCUCCCUCAUAAGUUUCUCCUUUCUGCUGACAAAUCAUCUCCCCUACAAGGCUAUCCCAAUGUUUACAAAUUAUAAUUCUGCUUACAAAUCAUGCCCUACACAAGGCUGUAGUGGUUGAUACGUUGGCUGAACUACAAGGAAUAGCCCUGUUGAAGUUAGAGGAUGAUUGGUCAGUUAUCUUUUCUGACACAAGUGAAUAGCACUCUUUCAUAAGUACAAAUGGAUGUACAAUAGAAUACACUUGUUUGGACACCAGCUUUGAAUAUAGCAGUACACCAAAUGUCAGGAUACUUAGUGUCAAUAUUUCUGGGAAUUCAAACUAAUACCAUUGUCACUAAUUCAGAGGCUUAAAUCUAAAUUGUAGCUGCUGGGUAAUCAGUACACAAUGUAGUAAUUAUGAAUAUGGUGUUGAUAUCCGAGACUUGUAUUAAAUGAACCACAAUUGAGGAGGAUAUUGAAAUUGACUCGUGUACAUACAAGACACAUUUUGUGAUACAUUUUGUGAUACAUUUUGUACACUUCUGCCAUCUUGAUGAUUUAAAACAGUCAACAAUAGAAAUCAAAUAAUGUAAUACUACUACUAGUACCCAUUAGCUUCCUUUUAUCCUCAAAGCUGUGUAAUCACUGCUGCAUUAUGUUAUACCCUGGUAUUAAAGAUAGGAGGAAGUACUUGUUAGUGGUAUAUAGAAAUAUUGUUACAUUUAAAUUGUUAGUCUGGACAUAGGUGGUAACAUCAUCUAAAGACAAACUUGUUAAUGUAAGAUUGUGCAAUCGGUUACGUCUCAAAACACAUCUUCUCUCUCUAAGGCUUUCAGUGGUAUUUCCUAGAGUGGAAGGUACAGGAUUGUAAUCCUUGGUUAGCAAAGGAGAAAUAUCAUUAAGUGUUGACUAUAGAUGAUGGUGAGAUGGAGAGUCACAGGUGGUUAAAGUACCCCGAGUGUUGUUAAUGUGUGGUACAUUUGGAAGAUGUGUGUAUGUGUGUGUUAGUGUUAAGAUUGAGUGUUUAUUUAUUGUAAAAUAGUCCCACAAUAUAUGGGGACUCUCUUAGAUGUAUAGUAUUAUGCUAAGUGGCAUGAGAAACAAAAAGAUAGAUUAUUUACAAAUAACAUUUGAUAAUAUAUUUGAUUUAUGAAGGUUUUCAAUGCCACUUACUUUUGAAAAUUAAACAGGUUUGAAGAGUCACGCACAAACCUUGAAUCUUUUUGUGAAAGUACAUGUGUAAAUUGUCAGCACUCUACAUAAUUUGCUUUUUCUUCUAUCAGACUUAUAUGAUUGUUGUGAAAUGUUACAUUCAAAUGUAUAGAAAGUUUUGAUAUCAACAGUUAUCAACACUGCUCUAUUUGUACUGAUAAUCUAGGUCAGGGACCUCCCUUUUCUUAUCAAAUUCUAAAUAAGUAAAUAGUUAUAUAGUAAUAUGUUGUCCUGUAUCCACAGAAAUAUUUCUGUGUAAGUGAUACAAUCCUACAUCUUGUGUAUUAUUUUUAUUGUCUUAUUCUAGCUUUACUACAUUAUGGACAUCCUCAUCUUUUUAUGUUAACUAUCUUUACUAAAGAACCAAUGUCACAAUCUUUCAUUCUUAAGUUAUCUUAGUUUUACUGUGCAAAUUGUUUUAUUUCUCCAUCUGAUGUAUAGACGUCUUAAUUAUCAUGUACAUCAGUUAUCUUUACUAAGUACUGAUGUGACUUCACUAAUUAUUAUCUAUGUAGGUUACUAACUUUUCAGUCUUUUAUUUAAACGAAAUGAAGUCUAGACAAUGCAAUACAUUUGUAAUUUUAAAAUUGUCAUUUAGUACCAGGGGCAGGGAGGAUGAUAUAGAGAAAAAAAAUCAUUGUUAUGCAUGUACAACUAUAAAAUGAGUGUUCCAUCAUUCUGAUGGACUCAUUAACAUUUUCAACUCUUCCAUUUCUGAAUAAAAGUCUUGAAAACUGAA